AAUUUAUUCGAGCAUAUAAGGAUGAAUUCCCAUCUCUGCAACAAAACAAAAACCGUUUACUUCUAUCAAUAAUGGGAAGGAACAUCAGACAACCCAAUGAAUAUCAGAGAUGCGACAGCGAACGUAAUAAGCUCCGCUAGAAGAUGAGGACACCACCAACCGCCACGAACAACCCGAACCAGCGGCCGGGUCGUGGGAAUCCCACCUCCGAUCUUCACCGUUCGACGGUCCCAAAUCGGAAAAAUCGAUCAUUUGCUGAUUACUUCAAGCUUGCAACCAAGAAAGCUUCCGGGCUGUUUGCGAUCUUUCUGCUUCGGCGGAAGAGGACUCCUCCGGAAGGAUCCAUAGCUGAAUCGGGAAGCAAAAAUGAUCAAGUCACUGCAGUUUCUUCUUCCACAGAUGCUUCGACCGGAAGCAAUCCGAGGAGCUUGUCAAAGCUAAGACCUUCCUUUUCCGCAAGCUCGACUUCAACUGCUGCGAGUGGGCCUGUGGGAUCAUCGAACUUCUCCUUUGAAGAGGUUCUGAAGGCGACCGAGAAUUUCUCCUCGGCGAACGUGACCGGGGAAGGUGGGUUUGGAACAGUGUACAAGGGGAAGCUCAAGAAUGGUUCUCCUGUUGCCGUCAAGCGUGCCAGAAAGAACAUAUACGAUCAGCGAACUUCAUCUGAUUUCAAGAACGAAGUGCUUACCUUAUCACAGAUUGAGCAUCUGAAUUUGGUGAGACUAUAUGGGUACCUAGAGCACGGUGAUGAAAGAGUUAUGGUGGUCGAAUAUGUCAGUAAUGGAACGCUUAGGGAGCACCUCGAUGCAGGUGUUCGUGGAAAUGGACUCGAGAUGGCGGAACGGCUGGACAUUGCUAUUGAUGUGGCUCAUGCAGUCACUUACCUUCACACAUACACAGAUCCUCCAAUCAUCCACAGAGAUAUAAAGGCAUCGAACAUCUUAAUUACUGAGAAGCUGAGGGCUAAAGUGGCCGACUUUGGGUUCGCACGGUCGGCUACAGAAGGCUCUGAUGCGACUCAUAUUUCCACUCAAAUAAAAGGGUCAACAGGUUAUGUGGAUCCGGAGUACCUGAGGACAUAUCAACUUUCCCCAAAAAGCGAUGUUUACUCUUUUGGGGUGCUGCUCGUGGAAAUGAUGACAGGAAGACACCCUAUCGAGUCUAAAAGACCAUUGCAUGAGAGGACUACCAUAAAAUGGGCAAUGCAAAAGCUAAAGAACAGAGAGUCGGUUCUUGCAAUGGACUGGAGGAUACGGAGAAAUCCCGCAUCAGUCACAGCCCACGAAGAGGUCCUGAAACUGGCUCGGCAAUGCCUGGCACCUACAAGACAUUCGAGACCACCCAUGAGAAAAUGCGUGGAAAUUUUAUGGGGAAUCCGCAAGGAGUUCAAAGAGAGAACUUCGUCUGCCUUGCUAUCGGCUUCUCAUCAUUCUGCAAAUUUUCCAAAUAGAGAUGCUAAGGACCACCGACAUACAUCAUUUGGCAUUGAAGAAGAGAGCCAUAAGUUUGUCUCUGCUUGAUGGGGAUACUAGAUUGAAAGUUUUCGUUUGGAUCUGAGCCUUUUUUUUUUCCCCCUUUUUCUUUCUUUUCCUUCUUCGGUUUUCCAGCCUUCUGAGAAAGCUGGGCAACCAUGCAGGCCUCAUAAGAAGUGCGAGUUCUAUAAUUCGUUCCUCGUUAUCCAAAUUCAUCUGUUUCUCAUAGACCAUUUACCAUCUCA